UAUUCCCACCGUACUCCUGUCCCUCCUGGACAGCAUACCUCAUCCCCGUCUCCGCUUCUGUUUUCCAUGGUAAAUCAAACAAUCGCUAUCAUACUCGCCGCCCCGCCCGACCUGUCGUAUCAUCCCGUCCACGCCCACGCCUUUCCGACUACACAUCUUAUGACAUCCCGACUAGUUUCCGGCCCUUGGUUCCUCGCUGCGCACUCUGCUGCCGAGUCCGCCCUCCCUCCAUCCCUCGGACGCCUUGACGUCGGCGGAGAUGCACGCGACAGCGAGACCCGCUGUAAUUGAUGGAGACCGCCCGCCCGACGCCACAAGCGCUUCCUCCUAUGCGCUCUGCGCCCCUCCCCCCGGACCCAUCAGCUUGCUUACCAGCCCGAUAGUGUCGCGGGCACCCCUCGGUCUUGGUCGUGCUUGGAUGCAAAACAGUUAUACUACGUGCAGAUCGUGGGCGAUGUGCGUUACGCGUGCGGGCUUUCCGUUAUUGCCGGAUCAAGCCAGGCGGGACGACGGUGCGUGCGCGUCGGAUCGGGUGGUGGGAAGCUCCGUCGAGGACGGCCGUGGCGCGGCUCGCGGCUGUUCCUGUGCAAGUGUGCAUUCCGCCGGCAAGUGCGUGAGUGUGAUCGUCCGGUGGUGGCGAUCUCGAUGGUGGUCCGGGUCGAGAUGCGCAAUCCGCUUCCUCGUCAGCGGCGCAGUCAUCCCAGCGCCGCGACUUGACAAAGACAUUUCCUUGCCGGUUCCCGUCUGUCCGACUACCUGGAUUGCUCCGUCAUCGUCACGACAAGUAUCACUCCCAUACCGUCCGUCUCCGUAUGUGGCCAGACAGCCAGAUCUGAGCGGCCUGCCACUGUUCGAGGGCCACCUUCCGUCAUCCUGUCAUCCUUCAUGUCGUUCCAUGUGCAUAGUCUACCUGCAUCAUCACUUUAUCAUCAUUGCGAAGUGCGACGUCCCUGGUUACCUUGCACCGUUACCCGUUGACCUGACUUCACUUGGCUUCAUAACGAUCACUGUGUUCACUAUAAGUCACGUUCCUGUGCUCUCCGCGUUGGUCCCGGCGUCGCGCAGUCGCCUCCGCGACUGAGCGACAUUGGCGACUGCGUUGGGACCGGGGCCUCCGUGUCAACGCGGCUGUGGCUAUCCCCCG